ACCCUCAGAGCGGCGCUGUACCGAGAGCCGAGAGCCCAGAGCGCGAGUCCGCAAACACACACACACACACACACAGACACACACAACACAUGCAGAGAACCGGAGCCGGCUCGGCUCAGCGGCGGACUGCUGGAGCGGAUUAGCAGCUGAACGGGACAGAGGAAGAGAAAGAGAGAAAGCUGCGGAGAAAGAGAAAAUAAAAGACCAGCAGCAGCAGCGCUUCAUUCUCAUGUGCACCGACUCCUCAACUUGCUCCUGCUCUCUCUCCACUACACCGCUCCACUCCAGCAAUGACCGCGGAGCUGCUCCGGGUCUAGGCAGCUCUUUCUUGGUGUGAACGCGCGACCGGGAGCCUUGGCUUGGAUUUUAACAAAAGGAAUAACAUGCCGGACCAGAUCACAGUGGCCGAGUUCGUGGCCGAGACGAAUGAAGACUAUAAAUCUCCCACUGCCUCCAACUUCACCACGAGAAUGGCGCAUUGUAGGAACACGGUGUCUGCUCUGGAGGAGGCCCUGGACGUGGACCGCAGUGUGCUGUACAAAAUGAAGAAGUCCGUGAAGGCCAUUUACACCUCUGGUCUAGCUCAUGUGGAGAACGAGGAGCAGUACACUCAGGCUCUGGAGAAGUUCGGUGAGAACUGUGUGUACCGGGACGACCCCGACCUCGGCUCAGCUUUCCUCAAGUUCUCCGUCUUCACCAAGGAGCUCACCGCACUCUUCAAGAACUUGUUUCAGAACAUGAAUAACAUCAUCACGUUCCCUCUGGACAGUUUGCUGAAGGGGGAUCUGAAAGGAGUUAAAGGGGAUCUGAAAAAGCCAUUUGAUAAGGCCUGGAAAGACUACGAAACCAAAGUCACUAAGAUUGAGAAGGAGAAGAAGGAGCACGCUCGGCAGCACGGGAUGAUCCGGACGGAGAUCAGCGGGGCAGAGAUCGCUGAGGAGAUGGAGAAAGAGAGAAGGUUCUUUCAGCUGCAGAUGUGUGAGUACCUGCUCAAAGUGAACGAGAUUAAAAUCAAGAAAGGUGUGGAUCUGCUGCAGAAUCUCAUCAAGUACUUCCAUGCACAAUGCAAUUUCUUUCAGGAUGGCCUGAAGGCAGUGGACAACCUCAAGCCCUCUAUAGAAAAACUGGCCACAGACCUGCAUACGAUCAAGCAGGCUCAGGAUGAGGAGCGCAGGCAGCUCACGCAGUUACGAGAUGUGCUGAAGACAGCUCUUCAGGUGGAGCAGAAGGAGGAUUCGCAGGUGCGACAGAGCGCCACCUACAGUUUGCACCAGCCCCAGGGGAAUAAAGAGCAUGGGACAGAGCGCAGCGGAAACCUGUACAAGAAGAGCGAUGGCCUACGGAAAGUUUGGCAGAAGAGAAAGUGCACAGUCAAGAACGGCUACCUGACCAUUUCCCACGGGACGGCAAACAGACCACCUGCCAAGCUCAAUCUUCUGACCUGUCAGGUGAAGCAUAAUCCAGAGGAGAAGAAGAGUUUCGACCUAAUCUCACAUGAUAGAACAUAUCACUUCCAGGCAGAGGAUGAGCCAGAAUGUCAAAUUUGGAUCUCGGUGCUGCAGAACAGUAAAGAGGAAGCUCUGAACAACGCCUUUAAGGGAGACCAGCACGUGGGAGAGAACAACAUCGUCCAGGAGCUGACCAAGGCCAUCCUGGGUGAGGUCAAACGCAUGACUGGCAACGACGUCUGCUGCGACUGCGGCGCGCCAGGUCCCACAUGGCUCUCCACUAACCUGGGCAUCCUGACCUGUAUAGAAUGUUCUGGAAUCCAUCGUGAACUGGGCGUUCACUACUCCAGGAUUCAGUCUCUCACGCUGGAUGUCCUCAGCACAUCAGAACUGUUGCUUGCCAAGAAUGUGGGGAAUGCUGGCUUUAAUGAGAUCAUGGAGGCCUGCCUGAGUGCGGAAGAUGUGGUCAAACCGAAUCCAACCAGCGACAUGCAGGCCAGGAAAGACUUCAUCAUAGCCAAAUACACAGAGAAGCGUUUUGCCCGUAAGAAGUGUCCGGAUGCAGCAUCCAAACUACACACGCUGUGCGAUGCGGUGAAGGCCCGGGACAUCUUCUCCCUCAUCCAGGUCUUUGCUGAAGGGGUGGACCUGAUGGAACCCAUUCCCUUGGCCAAUGGGCAUGAACAUGGCGAGACAGCCCUGCAUUUGGCCGUCAGGCUGGUAGACAGAACCUCUCUUCACAUUGUGGACUUCCUCACUCAGAACAGUCUGAAUCUGGACAAGCAGACAGUGAAGGGCAGCACUGCACUACAUUACUGCUGCCUCACGGACAACAGCGAGUGCCUCAAGCUGCUUCUACGAGGCAAGGCUUCUAUAGACAUCGCUAACGAGGCGGGAGAAACCCCGCUGGACAUCGCCAGGAGACUCAAGCAUCUGCAGUGUGAGGAGAUGCUGACCCAGGCGCUGGCUGGCAAGUUUAAUGCGCAUGUACAUGUGGAAUACGAGUGGCGGCUACAGCAUGAAGAUCUGGACGAAAGUGAUGAAGAUUUGGAUGAGAAGCCCAGUCCCUUGCGGCGAGAUGAGAGGCCGGUCAGCUGCUACACCCCCGGGAGCUCGGUGCUGCAGCCCAGUCCAGCCGGCCUGUCCAAGGACAAGCGCUGCUAUGUGCCCAACCUGGUCAACAACGAGACAUAUGGGACCAUCCUGAACACGAGCCCCCCAACCUCGGGCCCACUGUCCACUUCUGCACCUCCACUGCCCCCAAGAAAUUUAGCACAGUUAGCUGGUCUCAGUGGAGCGGUCCAGGGUUCUGCAGGAUGGAAGCCAGGCUCUAUAGAUCUGACAGGCCGUCAGAGGUCAUCCUCAGAUCCCCCCAACAUGCACCCACCUGUUCCACCCAUGCGGGUCACCUCCUCCUCCUUCAUAGCGCCGGGCGGUCCCCCUCCUCCUGUUGCCAAGACAGCCAGUGUCAUGGAGGCCAUGAACAUACAGCCCAAAACAGGACAGGCACCUCCAGGCCAGAACAUCAACAGGACAGCUACCACCACGAGCUCUGAUAAAGGCUACAGCAAAAGUCCUCUGGUGCGCUCGGACUCUGUGGAGAGACCAGGCAGAUGUCAAAGAAACAACCUGAACUCAACAAAUGAAGUUCCUGGAUGUCCACCAACCACGAUAGGUCAAGCCCUGCCCCCUGGCCAUGUAUCCAGGAAAGGGUUUGCGAAGCAGAGGCCGAAGCGGGUGAAGGCCAUCUAUAACUGUGUGGCCGAUAACCCAGACGAGCUGACGUUCACAGAGGGAGAGGUGAUAGUGGUGGACGGAGAGGAAGACCAGGAGUGGUGGUUGGGCCAUAUAGAGGGGGAACCAAUGAGGAGAGGUGCCUUCCCGGUCACGUUCGUACACUUCAUGGUGGAUUGACAGUCGGAGAUAAGCGACCCUGACCCAGGAUAAAUUGAUCACCUCCUGCGUCUUCAUGCUUGGGCCCCACUUAUCACCGUUACCGUUAUCUCCAUUAAUAAGCUUGUUUCAUCACCUAGUCUCUCACCUUAACCUGUAGAUUUAACCAGCCGGCUCCGAGACGUGGUGUUGUGGAUCGACUCGUGCAAUGGCUGUUGGUGCUCCUCAUUCCUGAAUAUCAUAUUAGUUCUUAAAAAUUGUGGAAGCCUUUUUUUUGUUUGUUUGUUUCGUUGACCAGACAAGAAAAAAAUGAUUGUAGUCAGCGGCUUUGAGUCGGUAAAUGCACUUUUGUAAUCUCUCCUGAGCUUGGCACAAAAGUUGGAAAAGAAAAAAAAAAAAAAAAAAAACAAUGGUGGAGAUGAAGGCUCUGUCCCAGAAGUGCACCAUUAAUAUGUUUUGGAGGUUCUACAUCCAGUAGAAUAGAGGAAGACUUUUGGGUUUUAUUUAUGUGGUGCCAUUCGUACCUACAGAAAGCAUAUCUGUGGAUUCACAUUCCAUGAGCGGCGUGGUCAGAGUAAGAGGUUUGACUUUGAAGGACCUUUUGGUGCUGACCCAGGAGAAUAGAGCUGGUGCUGCCUCUCCUAGGGGGCGCUCCACUGUCCCCGUUUCUACAGUCGGUGGCCCAUUUCGGAACAUAUAAAUAGAACUUCCACUGCUCACACCUGGGAGAGCUCUGGCUCUGCAAUAUGUAUCUGUGUGUGACUGAGAGAAGGGGGAAGAAAAAGCAAAAAAUAUAUAUUUGCGAGCGAAAAAAAAAAGGGGCAGAUUAUUGUUUUUGUGUGUAUGUAUCGUCACUGUUGUAGCAAAACCUCCCUUCCAUUUUAGUGUGUUGGUAUUUUACUAUUUAAGUAAACUGACUAAGGGUGUACGAUACUGACAAAAAAAAAAAAAGAAAAA